AUGCUUACUAGCCUAGCCAACUCUUUUUCACGAUUUAAUAAUCAUCUUUUGGUGGAAUCUCUUUCUGCAUGGAGAAUCUGUUCGCAGCGGCUGAUUUACACUGUGAGUGAGUUAGAAAAGAAAGUUUCGCAGCCAGACCGGCUAUUUUGGAAGAUUCAUCUAGAAAUGCGGGGUCACGAUAAAGCUGUGUUGAAGUCAUAUACAACUUUUCUUCAGACUACUUGUCAUCAUCUUGAUAUAAAGCAUAGUCCAGUUCAAGUUUUACCUUAUUUUAAAUGGAUCGCCCCUUUGCUAAGAGCAAAAUUUGUGUAUAAGAAAUACAAACUACAUUAUGAAACACGUACACACAUACGCCGUAUGAGUAUUGAGAAAGUGACUGGCAGUACCGCAAGCACUUUUCUGGAAUAUAUUCAGCGCAAUAUCCCCGAAGGGGUAGCCAUGAAAGUUACUUAUGAGGAAGCUGUUCCUCUUCCCAGUAUGAUAUUAAAAACUAUGGAGAAAAAAAGUUUAACAACUUGA